GAGAGUCGGAGACAGUCGCCAGCUGUGUUCGUUGGAGUGUGGUUACCGUCCGACGUGCUCCUCUCGGCCACGAUCUUCACGUUUGAUAGAAGAUUCCAUCACUUCAGUGGCUGCAACAGCCACAGCUAACGAGUGACUCCCCAAGCAUUAGCUUUUGUCAAGCCGCACAAUGCGCGAGUUCAAGGUUGUAGUGCUUGGCUCGGGCGGAGUGGGAAAAAGCGCCCUCACAGUUCAGUUCGUCUCCGGUCACUUCAUGGAGAAAUAUGAUCCUACUGUCGAGGACUUCUAUCGCAAAGAAAUUGAGGUAGAUGGGUCACCAUGUGUCCUGGAAAUUCUGGAUACAGCUGGCACAGAACAGUUUGCCAGCAUGCGAGACCUCUACAUCAAGAAUGGCCAAGGCUUCCUGGUGGUGUACAGCCUCACAAAUCACCAAACAUUCCAAGAUAUCAAGAACAUGAAGGAGCAGAUUUCCAGAGUAAAGGGCUCAGACAGAGUUCCAAUUAUGCUGGUCGGAAACAAGGUUGAUCUGGAGAAUCAGCGGGAGGUGUCAACAGUGGAGGGAAUGGCUCUGGCACAGAUGUGGGGCAGCCCAUUCCUGGAGACCAGUGCCAAAGUCAAGACCAACGUCAACCCAGUCUUCUCCGAGAUCGUCCGGGAGAUGAACGACAGCCCUGAAGUGGAAAAGGGAUCAUACUGCUGUACAAUCCUAUAGCGUUGCAUGCAAUGCUACUCUAGCAAGAGUGGAUGAGGAUUCUUCUAAUUUAAUGUGCUAAAG